AUGUCGAGGAAGAAUUCAAACGUCCAGGGCACUUCGGAGAGGCCCUGCAGCAGCGCGAACGGGGAAGACAGAACGGCAUCAUACUGGCCCAGCGUCAACACAAGGCUCGGAUGGAGGAAAUGUCGCACACGUAAAGUCAAAUGUACACAUUUUGAUGACACCGAGCUCGAGGCGAACUACCAGGCAUCCAAACAGACUCAGCACGAGCCCUUCGUCAACGAGAAGAUAGGCAAGGCUUCGGAAACGGACUGCUGGGCCCUCCAUCGUUUGUCGGAUCCAACUCUUCCGGACCUAACUCUCAUGUAUCCAACUCUUACGGAUUCAACCCUUACGGUAACUACGGCAGCAGCUAUGCCGGCUCCAUGAGUAACCGGACUUUUGGAAUGGCACCAAUACCACGGUCUGAACACGCCUCUGCUCACCAAGCCCACCAUGCAACCCCAAAACUCGAUGUCGCUCGUACCCACCACAAUAAGAACUCGAUCUCUCUGACAAAGGAGGACCACCCAACAAUACCUCUCCUCGACCGCCACCACCACCACCACCACCACUAUCACUACUUUCCCAAAAA